GAAAAGCGCAAGAGGAGAAAGAAGCUAAUAUAUUGACCAUAAAAAGUUGGUGCAGAGUUACAAACAUCACGUCGUGAAGUGGGCGACCGAUGUGUUUGCUGGCUUUCAUGGUGUGUCUGUGUCAUUACUGCUUCUCGCAUUUCGCCCUGAACUCCGAGGUGAGCAGUCAGUGUGGCCAGCGUCGGAUGCUGUGUGUGUUGGGUCAGACAAGCAGGCCUUGAGGAGGUGAGUAAUUAUGAUGGCGACGGCGGGGCCUCCAACCAGCUCCAGCUUCCUCACCCUGCUGGAGUUACUGGAGGACAGCGCUGCUGGACAGUCUGAGCAGAUAGACGCCUACCUCACCAUUGCCAAUCGACUUAGUGGAGAGGAAGGGCGACAGUUCCUCCCUGCAGUUGAAAAGCACUUUUCUCGUUUGGGUAUAGCCACCUUGGCUCACAUGAACAGUCCGAAUGUGGAGUUGAGCCAAGCUGCCUUGCAAGCUUUAGGGUUUUGUGUGUACCAUUCUCGCAUAGUCUCUGGAGUGCCUGAAACCUUUGCAGCAGAAAUACUCUCAGCACUGUGCUCUCUGGUGGUGAAGUCGACAGACAAGAACACGUGCACCAGAGCGUUGUGGGUCAUCUCCAAACAGAGCUUCCCUCCAGAUGUGGUUUCUAACAAAGUGUCUACUAUACUGGGCACGCUGGAGAGUGUGUGGAGCAGAGAGGACAUCCAGUCUGUGGUAAUGGAGCAUGAGGCCUUGAACGUUGUCAUCAGGAUGCUGGAGCAAGUGCCAGCCCAGAUGGGUGAUGGAGCUGUACGGUGGGCGAAGCUUAUCAUCCCGCUGGUGGUCCACUCUGCCUCCAAGGUGCGGCUACGGGCUGCAGCAGCCAUGGAGAUGGGCAUGCCUCUUCUCCUGGAAAAACAGAUGGAGGUGGCUGCCAUCAUUGAACCGAUGAUGUCCUCAAAACUGAUCCCAGAGCUCCAGAAACUUUUCAUGUCCAAGAGUGAAACCAAUGUCCUGAAGCUUUGGCCCUUAUUUGUGAAACUGCUCGGGAAGUUGCUACACAGAGGAGGUCCUUUCAUCAACUCUUUGCUGCAUCUGGAGGAACUUGGUUUCCGCAGCUCCUCUCCUACCAUCAAAAAGAUUGCCUUCAUUGCCUGGAAGAGCCUCAUAGAUAACUUUGCACUCAAUCCAGACAUCCUGUGCAGUGGCAAACGCAUGAAGCUCCUAAUGCAGCCCCUCACAUCCAUCCAUGUCAGGACAGAAGCCCUGCUGCUCACCAAGGUGGAGGUCUGGUGGUACCUGGUGGUCCAACUUGGGCCCAACCUGUCAUCCAACUUUGAUCAGGUGUCUGUUCCUCUGCUCCAGUGCACCAGUCAAAGUGGUGCUGUUCCACCUGCUGCAUCCAAAACUGCCACUCCAGGCUUCAACAGCCCAGCUAAUACGUCUCGGAUGAGCCUGAACUCCAGCGUCCAUGUACCCUCCACCUUUGCCUCCAUCCAGCUGCUGGGCCUGGAGAUGUUGCUUCACUAUUUUCUGGGACCAGAGGUUAUUGCCACAGCAGCAAAGAACAAACUCAUCCUGAGUCUUGAGCCCUUGAACCACCCACUCCUCUCUGGUGCUUCCUCUUUCACUAAACAUGCUGCUGUGCUUACCUCCAACAUCAGAGAUGGAUUCACCAACAUCGGCAAAGAUGCUCCAGAUUCUCUUUUGGCUGUCAUAUGGACGAGUCUUGUCCGGUUCGUCAACUUAACUAUAGAGUCUGUAGGCAGUAAGAAGGAUCGUCAGGGCUGUGAAGUUGUGACACUAAUGCUUCAGGCUCUGCAAAGCAUUGUCACCUCAGAGGCUGUGCCUGCAGACAAAGUCCUGAUUCUGUUUGAGGCCACAGUCAAAGGUCUUCCCCAGAGAGUUCUAGGCUCUGCCUCCUAUCAAGUUGGCAAGAUGGAUGUGCUAAAUGGAACACCGGCUCUGUUCCUCAUUCUUCUUCUCUACAAUAGCAGCAUGCUCUCAGCCUUCAUAGAGGAUGAGAGGUUUUUUCAGUGCCUUCAAACGCUGGUGGAAUGUGGUUUGUCAGGCCCCACUUCCCCUCUGGCGUUUGGGGAGGCAGUGCUGGGGGCCAUUGGACGCAGUGCUGGACCUCUGCAGAACAAGGAGCAGCUGUGGAGGAUGUGGAGCGUGAUCGUCAGCCCACUUACUGACACCAUCACACAGUCUAAUGAAGUCAACCAAGGUGAUGCUCUGGAGCACAACUUCAGCGCCAUGCACUCUGCCUUGUUGUUCCCCACAACACACCUGCUACGUGGCACACCACUACAACAGGCGACCCAGAAAUUGAUGCUGUCCACGUGGUCCAAGCUGUACAGAGUGUUUGCCUGCUGCUCUGCGCUGGUGGUCACAGCUGAGGAGAACAUCUGCUGCGAGGAGCUCUGUGCCAAGAUGACAGCUACAAUAGAUAAAGAUGCCUUAAAGGUUCCUUCAACAUUAAAUGCCGUUGCCAGUAUCCUCCAAGUCAUGGUGGAGUGUGUGGACUUCUCGCCUUAUACUCCUCAGUUUCAGCAAAAGCUGAAGUCGCCACACACUCCAGUAAACUGGAUGAGAAAGAGAAAUAAGGUGCUGGGAAAUUUAUCCACCUUCCAGUCCCUGCUGGUACAAUGUCUCGAGGUCUAUCUGGAGGGCCCCGAGGCUUCCACUGAAGCGACAGGAUUGGCCCUGGUCUCCAUCCUGUCUGCUCUCUUCACCAACCUUGCGCUCGCUGACACUGUCAAGGAAGCCGUUACCUCUCUGAUUCAACCUCUCACACUCUUCUACAAACAAGUGGCCAGAGAGCCGCCCAAAUUUUCUGCACAGCUUUUUGGGAAGUUGGAGAAGCUUCUCAGUGACAUUCUCGGCUGCCUGCACACCCGCUCAUCUUUGGCUUACAAUGAUGAACUCCUGGCUCUGCUGUCUCCUCUGCUUUGUGUGUUGUUUCCUCACAAGAACAAGCAGCUCCGCUUGUCAGUCACCCAGUUCUGGAACACCACUUUUGCCAACUCUGUCAGCCUCACUUACCCUGAUGAGAUCAGACCAAUACUGAGCCAAGUGAAGCAAAAGACCCCAAUCAUUCUUCCUGGUUUUGAGGCUGUCAGUGUUCCUGAUGAGCUUAGCGGGCAGUAUUCAAGUGAAAGUUCCCAGUUGGAGACCAAGCUUAGUGGGAUGCCCGUUACACUGCAGGGAAAGACUGCUGAGCUGAAGGACAAGAGCUCCAUUAAGACCUCCAAGCCAGUUUCUACAAAACUGGACUUUGGCUCUCCAAGGCCUCCUCGGAGAGAAGUUUUGGAGGAAGAGGCCUCCAUCGACUUUGUCUUCAUUCCUCCUGAGACGAAGGAGCGAGUUCUGACGGAGCACCAGAAGGAGGUGAAAAGGUCUAAAAGGGUUGACAUCCCUGCCAUGUACAACAACCUUGAUGCUUCUUUGGAUACAACGGUUUUCUCCCAGUACACACAGAGCCAAGAAGACUCUUUGGACAAACUGACAACUGAACAGGCUGACAAGGUUACCAAAGAGGCUCCUGGCAAGGUUCCUCUGGAAGAUGUGGAAAAUGAGGAAGACAUUGAAGUUCUAAAAAAAGAGACUCAGGACUAUGUCAGCCCACAAGCAGUUGAGAACAUGAAAGGAAACCACAGGCAGGAAGAGAUGAUCCCUGUGUCAGCAGGUGUUUCUGUGGAGGAUGAUGCCAAGAGUGAUGAUGGAGCAGAAGACUUGGACAUGCAGUCUAAGGAAGGCACAAGUCCUAACAUCUCUGGCACUUCGGAUUUGGUCUCAGGGACUCCCCAGAAACCCAACAGUCGCCGUCAGUCCUUCAUCACUCUGGAGAAGUAUGCUGAGGGAAAGCUUGCCGGCCCCAGCAGUGUGUCCACAUUCACAGGUCCCCUCAUAAAGACCUCCAACAGCCAAGAACGCUCUAACACACCUUCCCAGACAUCAACUAGUUCAAACUCUCAGGAUUCCCAGCCCUCUCAUACAGGAAAAAUGAACUUGCAGUGUCCCUUGACCAAUGCCCCUGAGUCCCCUUUGAGACCAAAAGACUCUGGGACAAAAUGUGGGCCAGUAAGGCUAACUGAAAGAAUGCCCAGUGACACAACAGAGGACGAAGAUGUUAUCCCUGACACCCAGUCUGAAGCGGAGGUAAAGGAGAGUAAAAAAACGACAUUAGAGGAACUGAAACCAUCAUGCCAGGAAGAGGAAUCUGAACAGACUUUGGAUGAUUCUCAAUCCUCUCUGACCCAGACUUCUUCAGGUGAACCAAGACGUUCUGGACGAAGCAGAGUCAGACCUCUGCGUCCUGGAGAGGACCCUGAGGAGCGGGAAGAGAAAUACAUGAUACACAAAAGGAGACGUUCUCAAGAGGAACCUAAAAGUGAUUCUCCAAAGUCAGACUCAGUGCAAAGCAGACCAACCAGGAGAAGUAAACAGGCUUCUGAGGAGGACAGUAGCAGUGACAGAUUACGAACGAGGGCUCGGAGGGAAAAGAGUGAGUCAAGCCAGACCAACUCUCAGGGUAGACCUCACAAAAAGACCAGACAAACAUACAGCAAUUCAGAGGAGUUCCUUGAUAAACCUGAAAGCAGAAGGAGAAUCACCAGAGAGCAGGACUCCAGCCAAACUGACCUGCAGUCAGACACACAGUCUGAUUCCGAAAGCCAGUCACGGGGUAGGUACAGUCGGCGGAGCAAAUCAUCACUGGAGACCAAGGAGGAGAGUGAAACGAAGAAAAGGGUUUUGCUUGACAAAGAAGAUUUCAGCCAAACUGACCCGCAGUCUGAUUCUGAAAGCCAGUCACGGGGUAGGUAUAGUCGGCGGAGCAAAUCAUCACUGGAGACCAAGGAGGAGGGUGGAAUGAAAGAGUCCAGCCAGCCUGCCACACAUGAGCUUGAGCUUGUAGAACAGGCCGAAAAGGAUAAUAAUAAGCCAAAGAACGAUUCUCAAAUGGUCACUUCUUCUCCUCAAACUGGUGGCCAGUCCCAAGGGUUUGAGCUUAUAGAAAAGACCAGAAAGGAAAAAGAUUCUCAGAUUGUUGCGUCUUUAACCACUGAAGAGUCCCAAGAUCAAACAAUCACAACAAGCAAGUUGGUGAAUGACUCAGAGGUCAAAGAUAAACACACAACAAGAGAAAGUACAGAUGACAGCCUUAGUCAAGAAGACUCUCAAACGAUAACACACUCAUCUUCUGAUAGUCAGUCUCUGCGUAGAUCCAGAAGAAGCAAGGCAUCAUCUGAGGCAGCAGAGUCUGAAAAUAAAGGUGAAAAUAAGGGUUCAUUACGAAGGCAGAGUACGUCCAAUUCCCAGGCAGCUGUCAGCGGUCAUGCAGAGGCCACAAUUGGAGGUAGGAAAAGAAGGAGCAAGGUCCCAGAGGAGAAGUUAAAGUCAAGUCCUUGCUCAACCCCAGAGAGUUCUCAGUCACUAAAUAUUCCAGGAUCAGGAGAGUCCUCCCAAGGCAGGGGCAGAUACUCAAGACGAAGAUCUUCUCAAGCAUUAGUAGCCAAUAUAGAGCUUUCAGAGUCUGAAUCCUCAGAGGUCAGAGAAAUUUCCCCUAUGCCUAAAAAGAGAGGGAGGAAACCUCGGGCAUCUCUUCAAAGUCCUCUCACCCUCGAAUCUAAAGAAGAUAAUAUUAAUAAUGAUAUGGUGAAGUACGAUUGUGAUUCUUCUCAAAAGGCAUAUGCACAAAGCUUAGAAGAUGAACAUGCAACAGAUUUGGAGGAUUCACAGAAAACCCAAGAUUUGCAGGGUUGUGAAUUACUCCAGGUGACACCUAACAUUAAAGAGCAAAGUAAAGAAGAAUCACCAAUGGAAGUUGAGGCGGAUGCUGUUGUAGAGAAAGCUGACACAGAGAACAGGAAGAAAAGCAAAGCGCUCAGUGUGUCACCUCGUAAGGAGGAGCAAACACAAGAGGACUCUAAAACAAACAUUCAUAAUACAUCUUUACAAGAAAGUGACACUGGGGAGUUACAAUAUGCUGAGAGGCUUGAAUCAGUGGAGAUGAGUACUGAACAGACUCGGGAGAAGUUGCCCUGUGAUCCAUCUGUGUUAUCUGCCGUGGACACGUCGUCACCUCCUGAUGAGACGACAGAGAAAUUGCAGGUCUUGGACUCCUCGGAGGAGAAAGUUGAAGUGUCUAAACCUGGUGAAAAUGUUUCAGAAAAACAAAACAAUGAUUCAGAUUCAAACCACCAAGAGCAUCCAGUGAUCCCAGUGGAGGGCCUUGCUGAAGGCAGUGAUGGUAUCUCUGAACAAAACCUGAUGGAGUGUCCAAAUGCCAUGAAUGAUCUUUCAAAGGAAGAGGAAAACUCUGCCUCUGUUGAAGAAGGCAAAUCACCAAACCAGCACACAGAGACCAAUACCAGUGAUGACAUCUCACCUCUACAAGAGAGUGAUAAAGACUGCAAAACCCUGAUUGAGUGUCACGAUGAAGAGGAAACACAGACCACCAACACUGAGAACCAUGUCUCAAAUUUGGAUGCUGCUCUGGUUGUUGAUAACGCUGAAGCAUUACCAGCAUCAGGCAAAGAUGUUUUCCAAGGUUCCCCAGUGAAGCAGAAGGACCUGGAGGCUGUAAUGGGGCCAGAUGUUGGCCAAAGCCCCAGCAGUGGCAGGACCAGAGGAAACUGGUCUCCUUCAGCCUCCCCAUCAACCAGUAUUCUUAAGAAGGGCCAGAAGAGGCCACUAGAGGAUGACACUCCUUCACCUCUUGUCAAAUCAAGGCGCGUGUCUUUUGCUGAUCCAAUCCAGCAGCAGGAAAUGGCAGACGACAUUGAUCGUCGCAGCCCUGCUAUCAGAACCAGCUCUCCCAGAAGAUCCAAAAUUAGCAGCCUCCCACAGCCUAAGUACGUCACCACUCCAACAAAGGGCUUGCUGAUCCUGAGUCCCAGAAAUCUGCACAGUCCAGGUUACAAGAGCUCCAAGAAAUGCCUGAUUUCUGAAAUGAGCCAGGAGCCGCGACCUGUCUCCAGAGACUGUAUCUACCCUGCUCUGGUGGGCUGCUCCACACCUGUAGAAGCUGUGCUGCCUCAGAUAUCAUCCAACAUGUGGUCUCGUGGUUUUGGGCAGCUUGUUCGAGCCAGAAACAUCAAAACGGUCGGUGACCUCAGCGCUCUUACUCCCAGUGAAAUCAAGACUCUGCCAAUUCGCUCCCCAAAAAUCUCAAAUGUCAAAAAGGCACUUAAAAUCUAUGAACAACAGCGUAAAGGGCGAGGUGGUGAUGAGUUGAAGAGUUUUGAUGAAACCGAGAUGAUGACCUCUGAACUGGAGGAGUCCAGCGCUCCUCAAAACCAGGAUGACGAGGAUAAGACCUCAGGCGAGAUGCUAGCAACAGAGCUGGUGGAUGAGGCUGUACCUGUAGAUGGGAAGCUGGACAAAGACGACUCAGGGAAUCACCCCGCCGAUAUGCUGGCUGGAGAGCCGAGACCCGAAGGACAGCUGCACCCCGAAGGGCUGCUGUCACAGGUGGAGGCCCUGACCAGCAGGAUGACGCCAUUAGAACUCAGUUACUGCUCAUCGCAGCAGCUUGUUGAGCUUCAUGAUCAGUUAGGAGGCAUGAUGAGGCGUGUGGUCGUCGAGCUGCAGACGCGCCUGUGCCAGACAGAUGGCAAACCCUGAAGAGACUUCUGCCUCUGCCGGAUCAGACUGCUGCACAAGCGUUAAAAGGCACAUAAUACGCACAUACGCUUGGUGUAGAUAGGAGUAUUAAAUGAACAGAUUUUACCAAGGAGGAUUUUAUGGUUGUAACCCAAAAAUGCCCUGGCCUGAUUUUUCUAUACGGACAUAAUUUUGUUUUGUUUUUUUAAUAAUUGCUAGCAGCACUUUUUUUUUUUCCCCAUUUCUAGCUUAAACUGUUGCUUAGUUUAUACAGUUUUAAGAAAACUCAAAGGGAUGCACAGUCACACUUUAAACUGUGCCAAAAGAAGAAAACAAUUUUUAAUAGUUGUAAAGUUGACAUGGAUGGUUUCCUCCUAUUAUCCUCUGUAGCCUUUUUAAUUAAAGGACUGAUGUAAUACCACAAAUGUAUGUGUAAGAAAUAACACCUGUCUUAACAUGCUGUUGACACCUUUCAGUUUUGUACAUAUGCUUUCUCUCACAUCACUUGUUUUCUACACGUGCCUCUUUUUAGGCUGUUUACAAUUAACUCAUCAGUCCUUUUGUAUAUUUUGUCAGAUUUCCUGGUUUGUAAACUUUUUGUCAUUUUACUUUAAUGUCUUAACGCAUUUUAAAAGUCAUGAAGCAUAUUCUAGAUGAUGGACAGUCUGAACUUCAGUCUUUGCGGUUUUAAAUACUUCAAUAAAAGAUGGAAUUCAUCCCUUAAGCGCAAUGAUAUUUUUCAGCUUUUUGCUUUCUCCUAAGUACGUCAAUGUUAUUUGCACAUAAGGUGGCAAUUUAAUGUGCAUUGAUAUACAGUAUAAGACAUGAAUCACUUUUGAAUAUGGAUUUUUAAAGAGAAUAGUUGAUUUUUAGGGUUUUUUUUCUUUGUAACAGAAUCAUGCAAUGAGCUCAACAAAUUAUGUUUCUAAAUCCUUGUGAAAGGCUUCAAAAGACUGGCUCUACAAUGCUGAAGUCCACGGCAGCGAUCAUGGACUCAGUGUUUACAGUUAAACUGGUAUACAGGCGUGUUCCAGAAUAGAUGAGUAGGCACUUAAAGGUUCACAAUCUUUAAAAUCUGUCUUAAAACAUGUCAUGCUCAUAUCUUUGAAUAAACUGGUUUUAUUUGCUGUGAUCAUUCCUGCUGUUCAUACUGACCUCCUUUCCUAAACUAAUUUAAAGUGAUGGAGGCAAAAUGCACAGUCCUCAUUCUGUCCAAAAAAGUAUUGAAAAGAUAAUCUAAAGAUAAUAUAUCAUGCCUUGGCUGAGGUAGUCAAAUCAUGUGGGUGUGUUGAUGUUGGAAACCUUUAAUUUCAUAUUUUUUACAGUUUUUCAAUCAAUUUGCUGUGUAUUAGCUGUGAAUUGUGUGCUAAAUUCAAUGGGAAAUGGCAACAGGUUCAAGCAGACACCGUGUCAUUCAGGUUUGAGAUUGUGGCCUGUUGACUCAGACCACACAAUGAAGUGAUGUCACAAUGUACGGACAGGAAGUAACUUUACAUCACUGCAGCAGGGUGACAGGUUCAAUUGCUGAAGGUCAGCAAAACAGGUUGUCUGCUGGUUUUCUUCUAUUUGUAAAAGAUAUGUGAGGUGGAGUGAGUUCAGUGAUAUAACUCUCACUGUUUUACUGCUUUUAUCAGCUGAUCUGUGUCCAGAUUUUUUUUGGAAUCAGAGUUGUAACAUUAACGUUUUUGCUCCUGGUGGCUUGUCAGAGCUUUUUUCUUCCUCACUGUGAGGUCUUUUUGAAUCUGAGCAUCACUUAGCUUUAUA